CCGCAUUCUUCAAUCAUCGGAAAAACAUCUGUUUUCGCACAUUGUAAAGAGAUUUCUCGCCCAGAAAAAACAAAAAAUGUCUCUGAUUCCAAGUUUCUUCGAGGGUCGAAGGAGCAACGUCUUCGAUCCAUUCUCAAUGGACAUAUGGGAUCCGUUUCAUGGCUUCUCAAACGCCGUGGCCAGCAGCUUCCCCGGCGGCGGCGCGGCGCGCGAGACCUCCGCCUUCGCCGCCGCCCGGAUCGACUGGAAAGAGACGCCGGAGGCGCACAUCUUCAAGGCGGACGUGCCGGGGCUGAAGAAGGAGGAGGUGAAGGUGGAGGUUGAAGAUGGCAAUGUGCUGCAGAUCAGCGGGCAGCGAAGCAAGGAACAGGAGGAGAAGACUGACACGUGGCACCGGGUGGAGAGGAGCAGCGGCUCGUUCCUGCGGCGGUUCCGGCUGCCGGAGAAUGCUAAGGUCGAUCAAAUUAAGGCGGCCAUGGAUAACGGUGUGCUCACUGUUACUAUCCCCAAAGAGGAAGUUAAGAAGCCGGAGACGAAAGCCAUUCAGAUCUCUGGUUAAACCUCAACGAAUCAUCGUAUGUUCGUAUCCUCUGGUUUAUGUCCGUACUAUGUUUUGCUACUGUCCUGUUUUCUUCUUCCCCAGAUGAUGAAUAAAUGAUGUUUACAGCAACACCUAGCGUUUAAGCUAUGGUGAUUUCUUGUACGUUUCUAUCAAUGUAAUAUGGAACGCCUGAGUUUUUUCUUUUGAUAAGCUAUAUGCCCUAUUUCAA